AUGGCCGCGCAAUUCGAGAACCUCAGCAACGAUCUCCUUUGGGAGGUGACCCGCUCCAACUCCUCCUUCCUCGUGAAGAGGAAGCAGGCCGGCGGCGUCCAGUUCUCGCGCGACCCGCUGAACCUCACCAACAAGCACAGCCGCAAGUACGAGGGCUACGUCAACGACCAGGCCAUCGGCAUCCAACCCGACUCCAACACCAUCACCCUCACGACCAAACUCCCCUCGCGCACCAACAAGCCCGCCAAAUCGACCCAAACCUCCUCCUUCAACGCCUCCACCCCCUCCCGCAAGCUCUACAAAUCCGUCGUCAACUCCACCGCCAAGAAGGGCUAUCGUCCGGACCUCCGCGCCGAGGCCGUGUCGCGUGCGUCCGCGAUCCGCCAGACCCAGAGGGAGAAUAAGAAGGAUUAUGAGAAGAAGCUCCGUGGUGCAAAGGCGCGGAAGGCCGCUGAGGUGAAGGAGAGCUCGUAG